AUGAGCACCACUCCGUCCACAGAUCACUCGUACCUCUACACCAAGCGGUUCAUCGAGGCUCAGGUCAAGGUGUUGAACAGACCAUUGAAAUUGGACUCAGCAUUGAAGAACAUCGUGGCCAACCAGCACGAGCACAGUCCCGAUGGCGAGACCCUCACAGAGGCACAGUUGGCUCGUGCCAUCGAAAAGAUCAACAUCCGCUUGAAACGCCACAACAACAACAGCUUCACUGGCCAGAUCAUCCACCGUAUAGUCCAGCAAGUGCUCAAGUUGGAGCAGGCCAAGUUGAGCCAGGUCAACGACCAGCUCAUCCGAGCUCGAACUGUGCUCCAGCCAGUGUUGCUCCCAGAGUUCGACCUGGUCACCAAUUUGGCCCAGCAAGACUCCAUACAGCAAUUCGGAGAUAUGAUAAACGAAUUGCCUGAGGCCAAGUACUUGAUGGUCAGCCCGGAUGUCGAAGAAGACGAGGGCUCGGCUGGCUCCGAGAGCUCUGAAGAUGACAAUAUAUUGGUACAAGAUCUCCAGGAGAGAGUCGAGCCACAGCCAUCCAGAAGGAAAAUACGUCUGGAACAAAAACGCCAGAUAGCACAACAGGUCAAGCAGAAAAUAGACGAGGAAGGGAUCCCGGGAUUGCUAGACAGAUAUGAAGAAUUGAGACUACGUCUCAUAGAACUUCACUCCCAGCUCGUGUACAAGUUCGAGAAGCGAGACUACCUCGCAGGACUCAAACAAGAGUUAAUUGGGCUUGUGGACCAUGCCAGUGAUCCCGAAGACGAGCUGGGAGUCGAAGGACUCCAGAAAAACCUCAUUUCCACAAAGACCAGUCCCGACGGUUUGGGCAGCGAGAUCAACCGUUUUAGGAUCUUGGUGGAGAAAUUGGCCUACAAGUUGAAUGGGAACAGCACGGAAGUGCGGUCGGUGAUACAUCAGCUAAACCAAGAAAACUAG